CUUAAAACAACAUGAGCCGUUAGAUCUGAAUUUCUCGCAGCGGCUCCUCAAAUUUCAAAUUCUCAGUCAGACCUCAUCGUCCCGCUCCGAUUUCAUUUCUCAAUCCUCACACACCGCCACACACACUCAGUGUGAGAGAGAAAUCUACUAAAAUUGUUCAAUCAGCAGAAAUAAUUCACACACACACACACACACACUUGGAAGAUGUCGAAUCGGCAGGAGAAAGAGAAGGGGGUGAAUGUGCAGGUUCUCCUCCGGUGCAGGCCGUUCAGCGACGAUGAGUUGCGUAACAACGCGCCGCAGGUUCUGUCGUGCAACGAGUACCAGAGAGAGGUCGCCGUUUCUCAGAGCAUCGCCGGAAAGCAUAUCGAUAGAGUCUUUACUUUCGACAAGGUGUUUGGACCUAAUGCCCAACAAAAGGAUCUAUAUGAACAAGCAGUUGUACCAAUAGUCAAUGAGGUUUUGGAAGGUUUUAACUGUACGAUUUUUGCUUAUGGGCAAACGGGCACAGGAAAAACGUAUACCAUGGAGGGUGAAAGUAAGAGGUCAAAGGCCUGCCAUAAUGGAGAUUUGCCACCAGAAGCGGGAGUCAUACCAAGAUCAGUAAAGCAAAUAUUUGACACAUUAGAGAGUCAAAAUGCAGAAUACAGUGUAAAAGUGACUUUCUUGGAGCUAUAUAAUGAAGAAAUCACCGACUUGCUAGGCCCAGAAGAUUUGUCUAGAGUUGUUUCUGAGGACAAGCAGAAAAAGCAAUUGCCCCUCAUGGAAGAUGGAAAGGGUGGUGUUCUUGUCAGAGGACUCGAAGAGGAAAUUGUGACAAGUGCUAGUGAGAUUUUCACUCUACUUGAGAGGGGAUCUGCUAAACGUCGAACUGCAGAAACCUUACUUAACAAACAAUCAAGUCGAUCACAUUCUCUCUUUACCAUAACAAUUCAUAUAAAGGAAGCAACACCUGAAGGUGAAGAACUAAUAAAAUGUGGCAAGCUAAAUUUAGUUGACUUGGCUGGUUCGGAGAACAUCUCCCGGUCUGGUGCAAGGGAGGGGAGGGCAAGAGAGGCGGGAGAAAUAAAUAAAAGUCUGCUAACAUUAGGGCGAGUAAUUAAUGCUCUUGUAGAGCAUCUUGGACAUAUUCCCUACAGGGAUAGCAAGCUCACUCGUUUGCUUCGUGAUUCAUUGGGGGGAAGAACAAAAACUUGUAUUAUAGCUACAGUAUCACCAGCUGUGCACUGUCUUGAGGAGACCCUUAGCACUUUAGAUUAUGCUCACAGGGCUAAGCAUAUAAAGAAUAAACCCGAGGUGAAUCAGAAAAUGAUGAAAUCAACGCUGAUUAAAGAUCUCUACGGGGAAAUUGAUAAACUUAAAGCAGAGGUUUAUGCUACACGGGAAAAGAAUGGUGUUUACAUCCCCAAGGAGCGAUACUACCAGGAGGAGAGUGAUAGGAAGGCAAUGGCUGAUCAAAUAGAACAAAUGGGAGUGACAAUAGAAAACCACCAAAAGCGAAUGGAGGAAUUGCAAGCUAAAUAUGAAGGCCAGGUUGAACAAUAUACUCAAUUGAACAGCAAACUCAAUGCAACCCAAAAAGACUUGAACCAAACAAGCAAACUGCUGGCAGACACUGAGAACGAACUAAAAAGAUGCCAAUAUUUCCUCAAGGAGCGGGAUUUUAUAAUAUCUGAGCAAAAAAAAUCUGAAAAUGCACUGGCUCAUCAAGCAUGUGUAUUGCGUGCGGAUUUGGAGAAAUGCCAGAAAGACAAUGCCUCACUAUUUCUGAAAAUUGCUAGGGAGGACAAACUGAAUGCUGGUAAUAGGUCAACCGUGAACAGUUAUCAAGCUGAUCUCACCCAGCAGCUUGAUACCCUCUGCAAGUUGCUGGCUGGAUCUACGUCUCAACAAAGUGAACAUCUCCAAUGUGUUGAAAAUCUCUGUAUUUCUUUUCUUGAAGUACAUGAUAUGGCUGCUGUAGAACUAAAGAAGAAAGUAAGCACAUCAAAGGCUCUGUGUAUCUCUCAUUUUGAGGCUGUUCAAAAUGUUAUUAGGCUGCACAAAGCCGGUAAUAAUGCUGCUUUGGAUGAACUGUCAGCUUUGGCCUCUUCUAACUCACAGUCUAUUGAAAAAUUAUUAGCUGAAGAGUCUAUUGAAGUGAAUUCAGUUUUUGACGAUCUUCAACAAACUCUAUCAAGUCAUCAGGGGGAAAUGGCACAUUUAGUGAGGGAGCUUCGACAGAGAUUUAAUGCUAGCAUAGAGCACUUGACGAAUACCUCAGAAUCCCUUCAUGGAUUCCUUGAGAAGCUAUCGAAAGAAUCAGAAAGGCUUGGAAGUCAUGCAGCUCAAGUUGAUAAAGUUCAGACAAAGUGCAUUACUGAAUUUCGUAAAGCUUAUGAGGAAAAGUCCAAAUCAGACGCAAAGAAGCUUAUUGCUGAUAUGACAAGUCUAGUUUCUGAUUGUAUGCGCCGUCAGAAAGAGAUGGUCGAUGCAAGGCUUGGUGAUCUUAAUGAUAGCGUAGUUGGAAACAAGAUGUUUUUGGAUGGACAUGCCUCAACAGUGGACGGCAUUACUUCAGAUCUAAAAAGAAAAUGGCAGGAGUGCUUUACACAAGCAGAAAGUAACUUUAAUGAUAAUGCUGACUUCUCUGCAGCUAAACAUUGUCGCAUGGAGUUGCUUCUGCAGAAAUGUGUAAACACUGCUGACACAGCUUUGAACAAGUGGCAAACAACUCAAAAGUCAUUGACUAGCAUGGGAAGUCAGCAUGCCUCAACAAUUACUUCACAUGUCAGGAGCAUGAAUGAGAGUAAUGAGCAACAUGAUGUUGAGGUUGAAUCUGCGAGAGUUACAGUUGAGGACGAUGCUCAACAGAGCGGUGAAGACAUCAUUCGUUGCUUUGAUGGUUUGUCAGAGCAAGAAAAACUAUCCGUUUCUCAAAUUCUGACGACUGCUAGAGCUCAUUCAGAAAUAAUUGAGAACCUUAACAGAGAUCAUUCAGAGCAAGCAUCCUGUAUUGAAAAGCACGCGGUUGAUACUUUUACGCACAAAUACACGGAUUACGAACCAACGGGGUCCACACCUACAAGGUGCGAACCAGAUAUUCCGAGCAAGGGAACUAUUGAGUCACUUUGCUCCAUGCCUAUGGAGGCUCUUCAAGAAGAAUUCCGAGAAAACCAUUCAUACGAAUCGUUUCAAGGGAAGGAACAAAAGUCAUUGCUAAAUCCUCGUGAGCCACUUUCACAGAUCAACUAGCAUAUAUAUAUCUUUUCUUUUGCAUGAUGUUUAAAUAUUUUGUAUUUGUACUUAUCAUGUAUGUAUUACCUUACACACACCCGGAAGAAAUUGUUCUAGAGUCAUUUUUAGGUGCAGAACAAGUAGGGCUCAUCUAUAUGAAGAAAUCCCUUCUCGGGAUAAGAGCUUCUCAUUGGUUCCGAGUUGUUUUAUUAAAAAAAAAUGUAAUGAACGCGCUUUAUCGAUUGUAAAACAUUGCCAAUUUUAAUUGAUUUGUUGGAUCGGACGAGUCUA